UGGAGGGCGUCGCGCGGGUCAGAACCGUGUGGGCAGCCGUGAGGGACGCACGGCCGGAGAGACACACUAUACCGUGACUGAAGUGUAAACAAACAGAAGAAGUGUGAGUGUUUGUCAUCUCCAUUUGACUCUGGUCUAAUGGGUCAAGUGUACGUGCAGGAGGUAAACAGCAGUAUGAGUGUACCGCAGCUCUACACCACCACCACCAUGAGUUUACCGCAGCUGGUACGAGACGUCAACAGCAGCCAUACUGUGGGUUUACAUCGGCUAUUGAACAACAGAAUGUUACAGUUGCAGCGUCAGUUGAUGGCCCCGUCACAGGAUCGCUCUCUCCCCGCCGUCAAACGGAAGCUGUUCGGUGCGGCAGAUCGCGGACACAACCUCAAGUUCGCUCAGGAGGAGAUGGCCAAGAUGCAACAGGCAGACUGCAAGCGCUGGAACUUUGACUUCCAGGAAGAGACGCCAAAGGACGGAGAAUUCACGUGGCACUCUGUGCCUCUGGAGAAGGACGCCCCAGGAUUCACCUGUUACACUACAGCGGCCGCCACCUGCCUCACCACCACCUGCUCCCCCACCACCACCACCUGCCUGGACACCACCACCACCACCACCUGCCCAUCCCCCACCUACCCUACACCGUCUCACAGCAACAGUCAGGUGUCCCCAACGAACAACAGAGGUCUCAAGAGACUUCAAGGCAAGCCACCAGUCAAAGUGGCCAAGAGACUGUGUACGGACUAUUUCCCCGAAGUGAAAAGCUCCAGGCACCUGGAGAGAAGCAAGCUGAAGGUGUCCAGUGAGCUCUUUGACGGUUCCAAAUGUGUCAACACCAAAUUAUCCGAAAUGUUGAAAGUAAAGUCGACGAACAUGCAAUAGAACAUUGUGUAGACCAGUUACUUCCAAAGAAACUAUCGAUGAUCUCUAAAACAAAGUGAAACAAAAAGUGGUAUUAAGGGAACUUUGCAAGUGGUAACCCACUACACAAUUUCUAUCGUGAUAUAUUUAUAUAUAUUUUUGUUAUUUAUUUAUCGUGAGUAGAUGUGCUCUGCUGGGAAGAUGAACUUUAAUUCUCGCCAGUUGAGUUCAGUUCUUCCAGUACCCGCUGGACAGUACCCACUGGACAGUAUCCGCUGGACAGUACCCGCUGGACAGUAAUACCCGCUGGACAAGUGUUUUCUUCUGCAUAAUCACCUUGUCUUUCAAGUGUUGGACAGUUCUACUAGAACCCACAACUGUAAUUUAGUGCUGGACAACUCUUUUCAGUCUCUCCUCGGACAGAUGUAUUGUAGUGCCCACCGUGAAUGAUCAGAGCUGGACAGUUACUGUAGUGCCCAAUCACAUUGGGGCACCUAAGUGCACAUUGAAGACCUUCACUGCGUCACGCUCUGAUACAAAGACUGUGUUUAUCAUACAGCGAACACAACCCGUUCAUCUGCGUGUGUGCAACUGACAUGAACUGCAAGAUUAGUGUUAAAGAACACGAAUAAAUACAGAAACAGAUUAAGUGCACCAAUAUUAUUUUAUUUGAACUAUUUAGACAUAAUUACAUUUGUUUUAUGCCUAAAAAUUUUAUGUAAAUUUGUUUUGGUUAAUUACAUUUAAUAUUGUAUGAAUAUUAUUAAAACUUCAUUAAUGUUUAAAUCAAUUGUGCACUACCAUUCUUGGUAAAUAUGUGAAUAUAAGUACUAAGGCAUCUGGAAUUGUGUGUAUAUAUAUAUAUAUAUAUAUAUAUAUAUAUAUAUAUAUAUAUAUAUAUAUAUAUAUAUAUAUAUAUAUAUAUAUUUAUAUAUGUGUGUGUGUGUGUGUGUGUGUUUCUGUUUGUGUGUGUGUGUGUGUGUGUGUUUCUGUUUGUGUGUGUGUGUGUGUUUGUGUGUGUAGAAGUUGAUUCUAUGUUACCUUGCUCCGAGUUCUCCAAAGGGACCUGAUCUGAUCUCACUCUAAAGAGUAUAAUAUAUGGAAGUUAUCAUGUACAUAAAGAGAUAUUUAUAAUAUUUUGAUGCCAAAUUAAAAUAUGUAGCGCUAACGUACCAAGGAGUAUUAAAAACAAUCUAAACGGUUCA